AUGUCCGCCAUUUCUCCCUCCCCUCCCCUCCCCGCAUACCAGCUCCCCAGGUCCGGCGGGGGAAUGCGCCAGCCCCCCACUGGGGGCGCCAUGGGGCGCACGCGGCCGGCCGGCGGAUACGACGCGCCCGACGACCCUUACCGAGGGGGGGGAGGCAUGGGCGGCUAUGACAUGGGACGACGCCCGGAUACAGUAGCGUCCCGGCAGGAGAUGGAGAGCAUCAAGCGCGAAUCAGCCAAGCUCAAGGACGAUCUGGAUGUACUGACAGAGGAGAAUGAGUUCCUGGUGGAUAAGCUGCGCAUGGCAGAAGAGGACCUCAAGGAGAAGCAGGCGCGCGUGCAGGAGCUGGAGAAGCAGGUGGCGAAGAUGGGAGAAGGGCUCAGUCUGGAGGCCCGCCUUCUCAACAAGAAAGAGGCAGUUCUCAAGCAGCGAGAGGCGAGUCUGAAGGAGAUGAAGGACAAGAGCAAGGACGUGAAGGAGGUGGAGAUCACCACGCUCAGGAUGGAACUCGAGUCUCAGAAAGAGGAGGCGGCAGCAGCGAUGGAGGAGGCGAGGCAGGCGAGCGAGGAGGUGAGGGCGCUGAGGAGCCUAACGGCGCGCAUUCUGCUGACGCCCGAGGAGAAGGAGGAGGUGGUGCUGAAACGCUGCUGGCUCGCCCGUUAUUGGGCCCUCGCCUCCCGCCAUGGCGUGCAUGCUGAGAUCGCCAGUUCCCGCAGCGACCACUGGCAGAAGUACUCGCCUCUGCCCUUCGAGGUGGUGAUAGACGCUGGCAGGAAGGCCCGGGAGGAGCCCGACGGUGGGGAGAAAGAGGACAAGCCGGCAGCGGUGGGCACGGAGAGCAACAUAGAGAGCAUGUUUCAGGUGGAGAAGGCGCUGAGAGACCUGGCGGCUCUCAAGGUGGAGGAGGGCGUGCUGCUCGCCAUGGCCCAGCACCGCCGCCCUGCUCUGCUCAAAGUGCACUCUGCGCCGUCAGCUGCUGAAGAGGGUCCAAGGAUGGUGGAGUCUAUGGAUCUGAGUGACGAGGAAGUUGAGGAUGUGAGGUUCAAGCAGAACUGGCUGGUGUACUGGUGGCGGCGAGCGCGCGACCACAAGGUGGAGCCAGACAUUGCAGCGGAGCGGCUGGCGUACUGGAUCUCCAGGAGCACUGUCAAGCCUACCGCACAUGAUGCUGUUGAUGGUAUCAUGGGAGAGAGGCGCAGGGACCACAAGGUGGAGCCGGACAUUGCAGCGGAGCGGCUGGCGUUCUGGAUCUCCCGCAGCACUGUGAAGCCGACAGCGCACGAUGCUGUGGAUGCAUUGUGCAGCCCAAAGGGGAUGAUGCGUGAAGGGUGGGCUGGGCUGUAUGGCUGUGCUGGUUAUGCUGGCUGUGCUGGUUAUGCUGGUUAUGCUGGUUAUGCUGGCUGUGCUGGUUAUGCUGGUUGUGCUGGUUAUGCUGGCUGUGCUGGUUAUGCUGGUUGUGCUGGUUAUGCUGGCUGUGCUGGUUAUGCUGGUUGUGCUGGUUAUGCUGGCUGUGCUGGUUAUGCUGGUUGUGCUGGUUAUGCUGGCUGUGCUGGUUAUGCUGGUUAUGCUGGUUAUGCUGGCUGUGCUGGUUAUGCUGGUUGUGCUGGUUAUGCUGGCUGUGCUGGUUAUGCUGGUUGUGCUGGUUAUGCUGGCUGUGCUGGUUAUGCUGGUUGUGCUGGUUAUGCUGGCUGUGCUGGUUGUGCUGGUUGUGCUGGUUAUGCUGGCUGUGCUGGUUAUGCUGGUUAUGCUGGUUAUGCUGGCUGUGCUGGUUAUGCUGGUUAUGCUGGUUAUGCUGGCUGUGCUGGUUAUGCUGGUUAUGCUGGUUAUGCUGGCUGUGCUGGUUAUGCUGGUUAUGCUGGCUGUGCUGGUUAUGCUGGUUAUGCUGGCUGUGCUGGUUAUGCUGGUUAUGCUGGCUGUGCUGGUUAUGCUGGCUGUGCUGGUUAUGCUGGCUGUACUGGUUAUGCUGGUUGCGCUGUAAGUGAGUCAAGGGGCUAG